AUGGGGGGGAGUAUAACCCCCGUGGGAGCGGAUGAGGUGGACGGGGAGGGAGUGCGGUAUGAGGUGGUGGGAGGUGGGUUCUACGGGAUGGACGGGGAUGAGACGGGGAGUGAGAGCGGUAGGGACACGCCUGGGUCCGCUCGUGCUGGUGUAGACGGGCUUGGCUGUCAGCCAGAACGUGAAUCAGUCAAGCUUAGCAUGGCGGGGGAGGUGGGGAUGGUGCGGUUUGGCGACCUGUUUGAUGCGCGCAUGCCUGUGGACGUGCAGGAGAACGCCACUGAGUUCCUGCUCAGGCAUGUGGUGGCGGGGGAGAAACUCAUGCGGCGAGAGAUAUCCUUCAUCCGCUGCCCCGAGCCGGCAGGCCCCAGGGUGGCAACAGGAGCAGAGCUGCUGAGGGUGACACCAGACGUGCGCCGAUACGCCCAGGAGGUUUCCCGCAUGCGCCAAGCCACUGGCUGGACUCCCCAGCAGGGAGGGAAUUCCAAUUCCAAUUCCCAGGAAGUGGUGAAUUCCCAAGGGUGGGAUUCCCAGGGAUCCGCCAGCAGUAACAGCACGAGGGUGGAGAGCGGUGCAGACCGGUACGGGCACUGGACGGCGCGGCUGCAGCUGUACACUGUGCGGGGGCUGGAGCUGCCGGACUUUGCGGACCGGCGCGUGGCAUGCCGGUACGAGGAGGAGGUGCGGGCGUGCCUGGGGAAGCUACAGCCGUCCGAUGCAGUCCUCGAUCUGAUUCGCCAGGAGGAAGAGGAGGGUGGAGAGGGGGAGGAGCAGAGGGAAGGGGGGGAAGGGAGGGGUGAAGGGGCGGAAGGGGCGGGUGGUGAGGAGAAUGGAAGUGAGGGGAGGGAACAGGAGGAGGGUUCACGGGGGCGGGGAGUGGGGGAGAAGCGGGAUGGCAGCAGCAUCGGGGAGAUUGUUGCACGGAGCACAGCAGUUUAUCUGGAGGUGAGUGUGUUGCAUAAGUGGAAAGGAGAGGAGUGA